AUGGACUUUCUAAGAAUAAAAUUACUACAGCUAGGACCGCAAGAACUGGCGAGACAAAACCAAAUCACCAAGCAAAUUCUAGAAGCGUACAUUCAGAAGAAGUUGGGCUUAGCCAAAAGUGCUAAUCUCCGACCACCUUCCGUUUUGGAAAUAUUGCCGGUUAAGAAAAAAGAAGAAAGACUAACGAGGCAGUUGAUAUACCGAGAAGAAGAAAAAGACGAAGCGCCGCCAGAGGUGGAAGAGAUGGAAGACGAAGAAGACGAAGAGACAGAAGAAGAGCCAGCACCAGUGGAAGACGAGAAAUUGCAGAGCGUCGAGAGUGAACAUAUAGAUUCCGUUUAUCCCAAAGGCAUGUAA